AGCUGCGGGCGUUGGGGGACAGCAGCCGCGGAGCCGGCCCCGAGAGCGGCCGCGGCCGGAGCGAGUGGCGGAGACAAAGACUAUGAUAGGGCCAGUUGUGAGUGUGUGGAUUUUUGAGUAAAACCUCGAACCCAAAUGAGAAGAAACCUUCAAGGAACAACUUAUACUGACAGUGAGUCUACAGGCAUCUGUAUUAUGGAAUGUUCUCAACCCAGAGAUAGCUCUAUUGACAAGGAGUGAGUGACUACCUGUUAAGGUCCUGAGUCAAGACAACAAUUUUUAUACCUUUCCUGGUGGUUCAGAAACGAGUCUCUGUAGAAUCAGAAGCAAAGAAAGGAAACAGUCUGACCUUUUCUUUGUUAGAUUGACUAUAUAAGAUACUUGACUUCCAGGAACAAAAACACAGAGAAGUAAUAAAGUUAUUAUUUUGGCAUCUUUGGACAUUUAUCAUAUUGAGAAGCCUGCUUUGUGAAGCUUCCUGAGUUGAGAUUUGGAAACUUCAUUGGUGCUCAUUUAUAACUUGGACUGUAAGCAUGAGUGAAUUCUGGUUGUGUUUCAACUGCUGUAUUGCAGAACAGCCUCAACCUAAAAGGCGCCGGCGGAUUGACCGAAGUAUGAUUGGAGAGCCCACAAACUUUGUGCACACGGCUCACGUGGGGUCAGGAGACCUGUUCAGUGGGGUGAAUUCUGUUAGCUCCAUUCAGAACCAGAUGCAGUCCAAGGGAGGCUACGGAGGUGGCAUGGCUGCCAAUGUGCAGAUGCAGCUUGUGGACACGAAGGCAGGAUAGCCCCGGAUCCCUCCUCCAUGUGAUGGCGUCUUGUUCACCCUGUUGUGAUUACUCCAGUGACACGUUACUGUUCUGCUCUGAAGAAACUAUUGUCAGAAGAAUCCUGCAUUUCCUUCAGCUGGCAUGCAUGCCUUUGGACUCAUGGACAGAGUUCUUUGGAUUGUGGCUUAAUGAUUGAUUUUUAUGAAUAUGGAUCUGAU